AUGGCAAAGCGAUUUGUGAAGUCUUUGAUACGGCGGUGGCCUCAUGAUUCAAGCAAAAGAGAGGAACGUGAAUCGCCAGUGCCGAGCGCCGUUGAGCGGGACCAAGACGACCCGUUGCCCCUACCUCUGCCCAUGGUUCCAAGGCGAGAUGAUGGGUGCACGGCCUGUUCAUCCUUGAGUUCUCUUAAGCGCUGCCUCAAUGAUUGGGAUACGAGCGAUGAUUUCGAAAACAAUGCUGUUCUCUACUCUUGGAAAUUCGAGCCUAUCCAUAGGCUACCCCCUGAAGAACAAAUGCCGCCUUGCGAGAUGUGCACCACGAUCCAAGAUGAGAUUGGCAUUGUAGGCGGAUGUCAUGACCGACGGGAAAAUAUGAUGAAAUAUUUUGGGAUCUGCUCCGAUCUCAAGCAAUGGAUCCAAGAGGUUAAGGCCAGCCAGCCGAUCUCGCAAUCAGCCGUGGAAACAAACACCAAACUGGAACAAAAGCUACAGAGCUGUAAAGAUAUGUUUAAAGCUAAGAUUUCAGUACUGGAUCGGCCGGAGUCUGUGGAUACGCCUCCGCAAGCUUUCGAUUGCGGUAGCCAGCUGAACCAGGCAUUGCAAGAGGCCAGGAUGCUUUACCCCGACCAAGUGCUAACUGUUGCUUUCAAUGCAUUCAUCCCAUUGUGCGAAAAUAUACUGCGCGUCAUGGAACAGCCAUUGUCUCGGCACCAAGGAUCCGAGUUUUGUGCAUGGUGUAAUCACGAAGGCCGCUCCCCAGAGAGUCUCGAUGGCCUAGCCAAGCAACUGUAUCAAGUUCAUCCAGCAGGCCUAAAUCAAGCUUUAAAGGACCAUCCUAUUCCAUGGUGCAAAGGGUCCUACAAUCGGAGUCUGAUAGACAGAGUUCAGAUUCGAUUACAAACAGAGGAAACCUGGAAAGGCUUAAAAUUUCAGGAAUAUGAACUAGACCUGUCAAAGCCUGCGGGAAAUCACGCUGCACUCAGGUCUGGUGAUGAAUAUCAAAGGACUAUCAGAAACCCAACUGAGGAAGGAUUCCGCGCGAUUCACCGCCAGCUAUCAAAGGAUGAGGCGCUCUACGUUCCCAUUUCAUCCGACAAACCCUGCUUCGCCCGCAUUGUGCAUCCAAAAUUUGAUGUCAGUCUUAUCAACAAGUGGUUAAACAGAUGUCAUUCUGAUCAUGGAAGCCGAUGCAUUACUGAAACAUCCGAGCGUAAACCUCAGAACCUUAUCCUGGUCGACACGGAAAAGAACUGUCUGGUUACUACGACGGAUGGACACACACCGCCGUAUCUUGCCUUGAGUUACGUGUGGGGUGGCGUCCCACAGGCAGAACUGAUCAGAUUGACACUGGAUAAGUGGCAUGAGCCUGGGAGUCUCACAGAGGAAGUAAAAAUUACCAAAAAGGUUCGUGAUGCAAUGGUUAUCACUAAACAGACAGGUUUGCGGUUCCUGUGGGUUGAUGCGUUGUGCAUCGUCCAGGAUGAUGAUUCCCAACGACAAGAGCAGAUCGACCAGAUGUUUCUUAUAUACCACCAAGCGGAGGCCACAAUCGUGGCAGCUGACGGACCAAGCUGUGACUUGGGCCUUUCGGGUGUCAGCAGAUUUGAAGAGAGAGAAUUCAUCGACAAACCCUUUCUUAUUCAAAACACACCCAUGGCGAGAGUUCUUCGGGAUCCACGACAGGCGCUUCAAGCGUCUAAAUGGAGGACAAGAGGCUGGACACUUCAAGAAGAAGUCUGCUCUACAAGAGCAAUCAUAUUUCUACCAUCUGUGGUCUUGUUUUCAUGCCCAACGGCGGUUUGGAGGGAGGAUCUCCAACUGGAAAAUGUCCAAGAUCCUCGGGGGGACUCUAUUCUACAUUCGUUACCGAGAACUUUGGAGAACAGCGGUACGAGUUCAGAAGAGGAGCUGAUAUCUAUGUUCCGAAGAAUUGUGAAGCAGUACACCCAGCGGACUCUCACUCGACAGGAUGACAUGGGGAAUGCAUUUGCUGGAAUUUCAAGGAUGAUGGAAGGCCUCAUUGGGCCAAUAUACCAUGGAAUCCCAGAAAGAUACUUUGCUCAGAUAAUAUCUGGCUGUUGGUUCUGGGGGAUGUGCUGUGCUCGGCGACCUGCAUUUCCGAGUUGGUCUUGGAUGGGAUGGAUCUACACCAAGGAACAGGCGGGUACGGGCAUUGAGCCCACAUCUUGGCCUGGAGAAACGGCAGGAUUACUUGCUUUCUUCAAACUUGCUGAUGGCGCUGAGAUGCUUCCAGAACCGGUUCUGGAAGCACCAGUCUUGGAAAGUAUUCAGCCUAGACUACGCGAACAUUUCACCCCUGAUUUAUCGCAUAUACACUCGCAAUAUGCUAUCCUAGCCUCCAACCUUGAGCAAAUACCCCCGGGACUAAUUUGCUUCUACACUAGCUUGAGCUUCCUGAAGCUACGGCCUUUGUAUAAGAACGCUGCAUCGUCGGUUCAGGAAUACCUUGUCCUUAGCCCAACAACCGAUGAGAGACUCACAAGCCUCUAUCUGAACAAGGAAGACGUCAAUGGCCACGGAGAAUUACAGCCGUUCAUUGUUAUCGCAGCUCAGCGUGGCGAGGUUGGAAAGACAGGCUUGAGACUGAUGUUGGUCAGGAUGACUGAACGCUUCUGCUACAAAGUCAAUGUGACGUCCCAAAGGAAGCUGGUUAGUGAAGCAGCCUGGUGGGACUUGAACCCAUCAAAACGGCUGGUCGUGAUGGGAUGA